GGUGUCAUGGCGGCUUGAGCUCCCGGGAGUCGGUGAGGCGGCUGCGGGCUCCUCCCUGCGGAGCCGCGGGUCAGGCGGGCGGGGAUGUGACCGCGGGUCCUGCCAGCGUGCCUCGGGCGCUGCCACAGGUCCCGCGUGUGUUCCCCUCGCCCGCAGCGCGAUGGCGGGGUCCGGCUGUGCGUGGGGCGCGGAGCCGCCCCGGUUUCUGGAGGCCUUCGGGCGGCUGUGGCAGGUCCAGAGCCGCCUGGGCAGCGGUUCAUCGGCCUCGGUGUAUCGGGUGCGCUGCUGCGGCACCCCUGGCUCGCCGCCCGGCGCCCUCAAGCAGUUCUUGCCGCCAGGAACCACCGGGGCAGCGGCCUCGGCCGCCGAGUAUGGGUUCCGCAAAGAGAGAGCGGCGCUGGAGCAGUUGCAGGGUCACCGGAACAUCGUGACUUUAUAUGGAGUCUUUACAAUCCACUUCUCUCCAAACGUGCCAUCGCGCUGCCUGCUGCUGGAACUCCUGGAUGUCAGUGUUUCGGAACUGCUUUUGUACUCCAGUCACCAGGGCUGCUCCAUGUGGAUGAUACAGCAUUGCGCCAGGGAUGUUCUGGAAGCCCUUGCUUUCCUUCAUCAUGAGGGUUAUGUCCACGCAGACCUCAAACCCCGCAACAUACUGUGGAGUGCGGAGAACGAAUGUUUCAAACUCAUUGACUUUGGACUUAGCUUCAAAGAAGGCAAUCAGGAUGUGAAGUACAUUCAGACAGACGGGUAUCGUGCUCCAGAAGCCGAACUACAGAAUUGUUUGGCCCAGGCUGGCCUGCAGAGCGAUACGGAGUGUACCUCAGCUGUUGAUCUGUGGAGCCUAGGAAUCAUUUUACUGGAAAUGUUCUCAGGAAUGAAACUGAAACACACAGUCAGAUCUCAGGAAUGGAAGGCAAACAGUUCUGCUAUUAUUGAUCACAUAUUUGCCAGCAAAGCAGUGGUGAAUGCCGCAAUUCCAGCUUAUCACCUAAGAGACCUUAUCAAAAGCAUGCUUCAUGAUGACCCGAGCAGAAGGAUUCCUGCUGAAAUGGCAUUGUGCAGUCCCUUCUUUAGCAUUCCUUUUGCCCCUCACAUCGAAGACCUGGUGAUGCUUCCUACUCCGGUCCUGAGGCUGCUGAACGUGCUGGAUGACGAUUAUCUGGAGAACGAGGAGGAGUAUGAAGAUAUUGUGGAAGACGUAAAAGAGGAAUGUCAGAAAUAUGGACCAGUGGUGUCUCUGCUUGUUCCAAAAGAGAAUCCUGGCAGAGGGCAAGUCUUUGUUGAGUAUGCCAAUGCUGGUGACUCCAAAGCCGCUCAGAAAUUGCUGACCGGAAGGAUGUUUGAUGGGAAGUUUGUCGUGGCUACAUUCUACCCACUGAGUGCCUACAAGAGGGGAUAUCUGUAUCAGACGUUGCUUUAAUCCGUAACCUAAGGACUACUUCCUGUUUCUGGAACUUCCAUUUCCUGGGUUAUACUACUCCACAGCUGAAUGCAAUAGUACCCCUUUACCACUUUAAGGAGGUACUUUGUACAUUUAUUUAAUCCUUUGAAUAUGCAGCCAUUGUCCCAGGGGUGACUGCAUUGCAACAUUUGGCACUGAGUAGGAGAAGACCUCUCAGCUAUACAUUGAGGGGUUAGAGCAUCCAUGUGGGCAACCCUUUGUUUUCCUGUGCAGUAGGCAAGUGCUGCUCCUCAAUAUGUAACCUAAAAUUUUAAUUAUUUCUUGUGAUCAUGAAACAAGGAUGAAUAAUACAUCAUAGUGAAUAUUAACAAAUUUGUUAGGGCUGGUAACAUCACUUGCAGAUUAUUCUUUAAUGUUGUCAGGUGGUUCUUCCAGUUCAUGUCUGUAGCUGGCACUGGAUGCUCUCAGUGAUGUUAAGUAAUUGUCAAGCAACAGUAACCUACUGUGUUCUUAAUACUGAGUUGUGAAUUUUUUUAAAGGAGUACUGUAGUACUGAAUAUUCCUUUAAAGAAACUGCAGUGAGCCUAUCUACCUUUUUUUUUUUUUAAUGAAGCCUUUUAAAAUAGAAAGCUGAUGCUUGA